AUGGCAACAUGUACUCUGACAUCUGGAUUAUGUAAUGGCAUACAAGUCAUUGUUCCUCGUGUUAGUGUCAGUCAGAAAUCUUCAUCGAAAAACGCUGCUAAUUUCACUAAUUUUGUUGAAAUGAAUGACAUAAAAAGUUUAGCUGAAGCUGAUGAAUUUGAAUGUGUACGAGUUGGACAAGAAUAUUAUGCAGAUUAUUUAGCUACUUAUCCACAUUUAUAUUCACUUAAUAUUUCAAAUACUUAUCAGCAAAAUUAUGAAUGGAAUGAUAAUUUACUUCGUCGAACAGUUCAAGGUUUUGUUUCAGUAUUACUUUCAUUACGUUAG